CAAAAUCUCCAUAUAUAAAGCAAGUUGAUCCAGGUUUGGGUAUGCUCGGUACCAGAUUGAGCCAUUUUGGAAACAUGGAAAGUGGAAAAGUUUUUUCUUUCUUGUGUCUGACUUUGGUGUGUAUGUUUCAUCUCUCCAAUGCUCAGUGCCCUGCAAACGAAGAACUGGUCUUAUGCAGGAAUGACUGUAACACUUGUGAGCAACAAGGAUUCUGCUAUGAUUGCAGCACUUUAGGAUGUGAUUGCAUUCCAGGCUAUGCGAGAGAUAUAAAUGGACACUGCAUAGACACAAGAGACUGCUCAAGUUUUGACGAUAGUGUGGCGGUAAUAGUGGCUGAAGGUGGUGGCUGCCCCAACGACAGCUUGUGCCACCGCAGCUGUCGAAGGAGUGGAAGACAUGGAGGAAAAUGCGGUGGGAAAAGGCGAAGACAUUGCCGUUGCUAUUGAGACCAAGAUUUCCAUCUUCAUUAAUAAAUUGCUAAAAUUGUAGGGUCUUUUUUAUAUACAUUCUUAAAUCAAUUGGAAGUAACAGAAAUGAGAUUAGAAAUUGAAAAAAAGAAUUGAGAAAAAAAUUAAAUAAAUAAACCUUUGAUUCAGUUGCA